AUGCUAAAAAUUCUUAUCCCAACCCUUAUGCUAAUCCCUGCAACCUGACUAAUCACCCCUAAAUGACUCUGAUCCUCAGCCCUCGCCCACAGCCUAAUGAUCGCAAUAAUUAGCUUCACCUGACUUAAGAAUACCUCAGAGACUGGAUGAGCAGCCUUAAAUCCCUAUAUAGCCACAGACCCCCUAUCUACCCCGCUUCUCGUACUGACCUGCUGACUGCUACCCUUAAUGAUCAUCGCAAGCCAACACCACAUGGCCACCGAACCCAUUAACCGUCAACGAACCUACAUCAUGCUUCUAACAUCCCUGCAGUUUUUUCUUAUCCUUGCAUUCAGUGCUACCGAACUCAUUAUGUUUUACCUAAUGUUUGAGGCCACCCUUCUUCCCACCCUAAUAAUUAUCACCCGCUGAGGAAACCAAGCAGAACGACUAAACGCGGGCAUAUACUUCUUAUUCUACACCCUCGCAAGCUCCCUUCCCCUUCUUGUUGCACUUCUCCUCCUUCAAAAUACCACUGGGACCCUCUCUCUUCUAACCUUACAAUAUUCAAACCCUCUAAACCUGUCUACCUACGCAGACAAGCUAUGAUGAGCGGGCUGCCUUAUUGCAUUUUUAGUAAAAAUACCCCUCUACGGAGCACACCUCUGGCUCCCAAAAGCACAUGUUGAGGCCCCCGUAGCAGGCUCAAUAAUCCUUGCUGCUGUACUACUCAAAUUGGGUGGGUACGGGAUAAUACGGAUAAUACUUGUCCUCGAGCCCCUUAGCAAGGAAUUAAGCUACCCCUUUAUUGUGUUCGCACUAUGAGGUGUUGUAAUAACGGGCCUAAUUUGCCUUCGUCAAACAGACCUAAAAUCACUAAUCGCCUACUCCUCAGUAAGCCACAUAGGCCUAGUAGUGGGGGGAAUUCUUGUUCAAACCCCCUGAGGCUUCGCCGGUGCUCUCAUCCUCAUAAUUGCCCAUGGCCUGACAUCCUCUGCCCUUUUCUGCCUAGCCAAUACGAACUACGAACGAAUCCACAGCCGAAACAUCCUGUUGGCCCGCGGACUGCAAAUAGUCCUGCCCUUAAUGGCUACAUGGUGAUUUAUUGCCAGUCUCGCCAAUCUGGCCCUCCCCCCUCUUCCCAAUCUGAUGGGGGAACUGAUAAUUCUUACCUCCUUAAUUAACUGAUCCCCUUGAACUUUAGCCCUGACGGGGGCCGGCGUACUUAUUACCGCUAGCUAUUCCCUCUACAUGUUCCUCAUAACCCAGCGGGGACCUCUCCCAACACACCUAAUCGCCCUCGAUCCCUCCCACUCUCGAGAACACCUUCUCAUGGCCCUUCACCUCCUCCCCCUUCUCUUAUUAAUCUUUAAGCCUCACUUAAUCUGAGGGUGAGUAAGCU